CGCGAGAGGACUGGUUAUCGUUGUACAUUCCUCCAUCUUUGUUCGCUCUGACGUCAAGAAAAACCCGAAUGCUCUGUCUGCUGGUAGUUUAGGCGUUCUGUGAACCAUGUAUAAGGCGAUUAACAAAACAAACCUGAGACAACUGUCUAGUCUCCUCCACAGAUUUCAGAGUACCUUGGUCGUAGCCGAACACAAUAAUGAUAAGCUGUCGCCAAUUACACUUAACGCCAUUACUGCUGCCAGCCGAGUGGGUGGGGAGGUGUCCUGUCUGGUCGCAGGAACCAGCUGUGCAAAGGUGGCAGAAGAGCUCAGCAAAGUUAAGGGAGUCCAAAAAGUUCUGCUGGCAGAGCAUGAUGCAUACAAAGGAUCCCUGCCAGAGGAGUUGACUCCCUUGAUCCUGGCAACCCAGCAGCAGUUCAGCUUCACACACAUCUGUGCUGGAGCUUCGGCAUUUGGCAAGAAUCUCCUACCCAGAGUUGCUGCCAAGCUGGAUGUUGCUCCAAUCUCAGACAUCAUUGAGAUCAAAUCACCAGACACGUUUGUCAGAACCAUCUAUGCAGGGAACGCGCUCAGCACGAUCAAGUGCGGCGAGGCCGUGAAGGUGUUCACGGUCAGGGGGACGUCCUUCGAGGCGGCGGCGGUGGAAGGAGGCAGCGCCGUGACUGAGUCAGUCUCCCCCUGCCCUCCCGUGGGUGUAUCCGAGUGGUUGGAACAGAACCUGACCAAGAAUGACCGUCCUGAGCUCACCAGCGCCAAAGUGGUAGUGUCUGGAGGCAGGGGGUUGAAAAGUGGUGAGAACUUUAAGCUGCUCUACGACCUGGCUGACCAGCUGAACGCCGCAGUUGGGGCAUCCAGAGCAGCCGUCGAUGCAGGCUAUGUCCCGAAUGACAUGCAGGUCGGACAGACCGGCAAGAUUGUGGCUCCGGAGUUGUACAUUGCAAUUGGCAUAUCUGGUGCCAUUCAACAUCUGGCUGGGAUGAAGGACAGUAAGACAAUUGUGGCCAUUAACAAGGACCCGGAAGCUCCCAUUUUCCAAGUGGCUGACUAUGGUUUGGUUGCUGAUCUCUUCAAGGUUGUUCCUGAAAUGACUGAGGCUUUAAAGAAGUGAUCAACACCUUCUGGCUCUUUGGUGUUAACCACUCAGAACCACAACUGCAAUUAGCCUGCAUUUAGUCCUGCAUUAAAACAUCUGCCUAAAGGUGCUAGUCGCUAUUUUAGGCGUUCACGUGUGAUUCAUGCUCCAAAUGACUAUUAAAGUCAGGUGACUUUGUGCUUCCUUCUAAUUUGCGGUGGGCUUUCCCAGUAAAAUGUUUCCAACUGGUAUAUUUUAGUAUGUAACAAAGUAUUGUGCAAUAAAGUUUAAUUCUUUAAUUUUGUGAAUAA